AUAAUAUCAGCUACUCAUGAGUUUAGUUGUGCUCGCAGCUUUUACCGAUCUAAACGCACGACCCCAGUCGGUAGCAAUCUGUAGUGUAGCUAAAAAUGAAGUCUCAAAAAGUUGUACUUAUUGGUGUGUUUCUAAUGCAAUGCAUGAGUUACGUCAUUUCUUCAAAUAUACUCGGAAUUUUUCUCACUCAUAGCCCAUCGCAUGUAAUUGUGCACAUGGGCGUAGUGCGGGCACUAGUUAAACAAGGCCACAACGUAACCGUGAUAACUUCAAUGAAAUUAAAUGAUCCUAACCCAGGUUAUCGCCUUAUCUAUCUUAAAACUUUACAGCAUACACAAAAUGAAACAUUUACAAUGAUUGACAAUAUCAACCGUGCACCUUUUUAUCUCAAGCCAGCUAAGUGGUAUCAAGCUGUCAAAGGAAUGGUCGAUAAAUAUUCAAACUAUCCUUCAGAUCCGGAUUUCAUAAGUUUUAAAAAAGAAAAUAAUCAUUUUGAUCUAAUGUUAUUGGGCUAUCAAUAUAAUGAAGCUAAUUUGGGAGAAGCUGCUGAUUUCAAAUGUCCCACAGUCCUUAUCUGGAUGAUGCAACCAUUUGGACAUAUUUCUCGAUUGAUUGGUAAUCCCAAUCUUCCGGCAGUUGUUCCAUUUUCUCCGUUCAUUACUCCAAAUGCAAUGAACUUUUUUAAUAGAGUGUUGAAUUAUAUAAUUUAUAUAUUUGAAGCAAUGGUUUCUCAACUUUCAAAUUGUGUUUUGGAAGCUUUAUAUGACAAAUACUAUCCAAGUCCUAAGUAUCCAUCAUAUAAGGAGAUGUCGAAAAAUGUCUCUCUUAUACUUUACAAUCAUCAUUUUAGUGAACUUCCCAUAAGACCUUUAGUACCGAGUCUUAUAGAAAUUGGAGGAAUUCAAAUUAAAGAAGAACCAGAUCCAUUGCCAAAGGAUAUUCAAGAAUUUCUGGACAACUCACCACAAGGAGUCAUAUAUUUCAGUCUUGGCUCAAAUGCUUGUGGUCUUCACGUAAAAGAAACAACUAUCAAAAUGAUAUUUGAAGUCUUAAGUUCUCUCAAAUACAAUGUAAUUUGGAAGCUUGAUGAAAUCCAACAUCCAGGAAAUGCAUCAAAUAUCCUAUUCAAAACAUGGUUGCCACAAGAUGACAUAUUACCUCACAAGAACGUCAAACUAUUUAUAACUCAUGCAGGCAAAGGUGGUGUAACCGAAGCAGAGUAUCAUCAAGUUCCAAUGGUUGCAUUGCCUAUUAUGGACGAUCAACAUGGAAAUGCAAAGAUAAUGUCAGAAAAAGGACAUGGUUUUGUUUUAGAUCACGAAACAAUGACGAAGGAAAUGUUCCAAAAUGCUGUCAAUGAAGUUAUGGAAAAUGACAAGUAUAGAAAGGCUGUGGAGAAAUUUUCAAAACUCUACAAAGAUCGACCAUUAACUGCCCAACAAACUGCGGUCUAUUGGAUAGAAUAUGUUAUCAGACAUAAAGGUGCUCCUCAUAUGCAGAGUCCUUUGAAAGAUUUAAAUGUCUUACAGGAGCAUAGUAUUGAUGUUAUAUUGUUUUUGAUGGGUAUUUUAUAUUUGACAUGGAAAUUAGGAAAAAUGAUCAUCAAAUUAAUGAUAAAAUUUGUGCGAAAUUACGUCUUUCGGAGGAAUACAAAGCUGGAAAAUAAAAAGGAGUAGGAGGAUGCUUGUUUUAAAGUUUUGUCAGAAUAAAAUCCGGACCUGAACUUUUA